GAGGACACCCUCCAGCAGAGUUUGAAAACCACUUUUGGCGAUGCUUACAGUGAAUUGAUUGGUACAGACACCUCUGUUAGCAUCACACCCAAAUUCACAGAGGCCAUUAUGAGAGCGAUCAAUGAUGUGGUCAACUUGGUUCUGUCAGAAACCAUACAAGCCUCGCAGAGUGGAGGAUCCUCUCAUGUCCGUUCUGAUACCUGCUGCAUGCUCUCAAGUUACAGAGCGUGCAAAAAGAUAUUUGUACUUCGGGCAAUAAAAUCCCUCCUUACACAAUUUGAGACACAGAAACAUUCAGAUUUUGAGAGCAAAGAUGAACUACUGACUGAUGAACAUAUCAUAAAAGUCCAAAAGCCAAAGUUGCCGUGGUGGAGCUUCUUUCGUAAACAACUGAAGAAGAAGGUCCACCCGGUUUCAGAUGAACAAAUAGACGAGGAGGUCAGGUUGUCACCAAUUAAAGUGUCAUCUGGACUCUCCUCACCUCCUCAAGCCAAAUCCAGCAUCGGCUCAAAGCCCUCCAGUCAGCAGAACUCCACCCCUCUGGAGAUGUUUGAUUAUGUAUCAGAGGAUGAGGAAUUCCCAGCAGAACUUACUGGAAACGCCUCACCUUCACACUCCAUCAGCUGGUCUCCAACAGCUUGCCUGGAGGAUGAGGUUGUUGAACCAGAAAACCAAAAAAGCCCACCCCUACCCACAACUGAGACCGAGGUGAGAAGUUCUUCUCGUCCUCCGACUGGUGACUCUGGUAGUGGGAACAUUGCUGUUGGAACAGAGCAGGGUGUCACGAAUGCUUCUGACACUGAAGCCAUUGAGACCCAGGCUGAGAAGAGCAACAGAAUCUGCCCAUAUUGCAAGCGCAAGAUGGAGGACGAUCCGACGGCUUCAGCUCAGGAUGAGGCUGUCCACACCAACAGGUCAUCACUGCUGCAGAGAAUCUGGCUCUUCUGCUGCCGUCAGAACUGUCGUUCUAGGAGUGACCUCGCAAUUAACUAACAAUAAAUCUACUCCAUCCCCCU